AAGGCCGGACGCCCGGGCGCGCGUUCCCCAUGGAGGCGCCCGAGCUGGGCCCGGGGCUGGUGGAGCGUCUGGAGCAGCUGGCGACGUGCCCGCUGUGCGGGGGUCCCUUCGAGGACCCGGUGCUGUUGGCGUGCGAGCACAGCUUCUGCCGCGCGUGCCUGGCCCGCCGCUGGGGCGCCCCGCCCGCCGCCGGGGUCCCCGCGCCACCCCCCGCCUGCCCCUGCUGCGGCCAGCCGUGUCCCCGCCGCAGCCUGAGGUCCAACGUGCGGCUGGCGGUGGAGGUGCGCAUCAGCCGGGGGCUGCGCGAGAAGCUGGCGGAGCCCGGGGCGCGCGCGGGGAGGCGCCGAGGGGGCCGCAUCCCCACGAUGGGCUGCCUGGACCCGAGCGGAGAGGAUGUAAGGAAGACGUGGAGGAGAUUUGAUGUCCCAACACCCAAGUCAUCUAACUCAGAUGAUGACCUCCCCGAAGACUAUCCAGUGGUCAAAAACAUGCUCCACAGACUGGCAGCAGAUUUGACCCUGGACCCGGGCACUGCACACCGCCGCCUACUUGUCUCCGCCGACCGACGCAGCGUCCAACUAGCACCCCCGGGGACCCCCACGCCCCCGGAUGGUCCUGCGCGCUUUGAUCAGCUCCCGGCCGUGCUGGGCGCACAGGGCUUUGGGGCUGGCCGGCACUGCUGGGAGGUGGAGACCGCGGAUGCCGCCUGCGGCCCAGACUCCUCUGGGGAGGACGAAGCGGACGAGGAUAAAGCCAAGGGCCGCUACGCCGUGGGCGCGGCCGGGGAGUCAGUGCGCCGCAAGGGCCGCGUGGGGCUGUGCCCCGCGGGGGCCGUGUGGGCUGUGGAGGGCCGCGGCGGCCGCCUGUGGGCCCUCACCGCCCCUGACCCCACCCCACUGGGUGGUGCAGGGCCCGUGCCACGGCGCAUCCGCGUAGACCUUGACUGGGAGCGGGGCCGCGUAGCCUUCUAUGACGGCCACUCCCUAGACCUACUCUUCGCCUUCCAGGGGCCGGGCCCCCUGGGGGAGCGCGUUUUCCCGCUGCUCUGCACCCGCCACGCCCACGCCACACUCCGCAUUGUGCCAGCCGAAGGCUGAGUCCACACCACCACCACCACCACCACCACCACCACCACCACCGGGAGGCUUCCUCCUGCGCCAGGGAGCCCCCCUUCCUCCCGGGAGCACAUCCACCUGUCCCCUCCCUCCUUCCCACCUGAUCCCUACCCAGCACCCCAGCCCUGGCCACCAGGUAGACAGGAUGGGUACCCGCAGCAGUUUACUCCCGGCCCCCACCUUGCCUCCUCUCCAGAUGGGCCUGGUCCUCCUCCACAGUUAUAGGGCUCCGGCUUCUGGCCUGGCUUGUGUCCUCUAGGAGGGGAUAGGCCAGCCCUACUCCAUGGUGACUGCUUCCUAUGCUCAUAGUCUUUUCCACUUUGGGACCUUGUUAGGGCUCCCCCUGCACAUGCUCAUAGUAAGGAACAAAUGGUGCUACCUCUCCUUUCCUCCACCUGGAAUGGCCCAGACCCCCAAACUCAUCCUUGUAUAUAGCUUCACAUCUUUCCACAUAUGUAUAAAUGGGCCCAUAUUAAACACGUUUUGUGAUGUUGGGUUAUUUAUUUUGUGCAUCUGUGGCAAUAAAUGAGAUCUCAGUGGUGGUA